AUGAAGCCCUUAUGGCUUCAAGAGCAAAGAAAAGGAUUGCAUCUUUCUGCUGACGAGCAGAAUGCAAUAUUAAGCAAUCAACGCAGCGCCCUCGAGCGUCUGAUCCAAAAUAACGGAUUAGACCUCACCUACUAUUCUAGUCACUUCCCGCUGCCUUUAUUGAACGAAAGUGAUCUACACCUCCAGCUUCUCCCGCACGAGAAAGAACUGGAUGACACUUUCUGUAGAGAGAUAGGAAAAAUAGUUCCCUAUCUCACCAACUCUACUAUUCAAGGUGUAGAAGCUUAUGUACGUGCACUGGACACAGCAAUGUUGUCCAUAGCUAAAAACGCAUCUAGGAAAGCCAUUCUAGAUAAAUUAGCAGUGCACUAUGUCCCAGUCCUUCUCUCUCAAGAGAACGGACUAAUCAAGACUUAUUACGAGACUAGUCUAAAUUCGACUAAUCUCCCCGCGUUAAAAUCUCUUCUAGGUACUUUUCGCACAAUCAUUCAAUUGAUGGAAGAUGACGGCCAUAGGGCCAACCUAGGAACAUCUCCAUCACCCCCUAAACAGAAUAACUUCCCUAUAGGUGGUUAUUCUACGCGUUUUGAAGAUUAUGUUUUGCGUAUAGACGGAAUCCGCAUGGAUUCCAUGGAAAUGCAUAAUAACCAAGCACUUCAAAACGAGCGUCGUAGACAAUUUGUGUCUGGUUUAGACGAAAAUCUUCGUAUUCUUGUUAACCCCCCUGGUUUUGAUUGCCAUUGGCACGUCUUUAAACAGGCUUAUUUUAACGGUUUCAGUAGAUUGUACCCAUCAGUUCCUCUGUUUGGUAAACGACCCAUUAACUCAACUGGCCGUAAGAAUAAUAAGAACAAGAAUAAUACUAACCAUAAUAGUAAUACUACUAACCACAAUAAUAAUCAUACUAACAAGUCUUCUAAUAACAAGAAGCAAGGGAAAAAGCGUACCUUUCAUAACAAAAAGGGUAACAAUAAAAAUAACACUUAUACUAACCCCAAUUUCUUACAACCUAAUCAGCAUAAUAACGGUAACAGUAAGGGUAAUAAUAAUUAUAAGAAAAAUUCUAACAAAUAUAACAAGCAAAUUAACACGAUUGCAGCAGAAGUUAGAGAACAACGUUCUUUACUUUCCUCUUUGAUAGAUAAGUUAUCUCUCUUCGACAUACCUAGAGCCACGCUAACAGUAGUCUGCUUAAUGGCUUUAUGUAUUCCCAGCUCCGCAUGGAUCUGUCAGAGAAACCCUCCUCAUUACCCACUAACUUUCCGUCAAUCAACUUAUAAGUUAGAUGAUAUCCAAAGCAUGGACGUUAGUCUGAUGACAGAGUUAUGCAAAGAAGAGGAUUAUCACGCUGCUGUUCGAGUCGGUGACAUUAUACUUACGGACGGUUCUUUCUUUUCACGAGAAACUUUCUCUGAAGCAGUAGAGCCAGCCAAAUGUACACCUUUCAUCAGUUACCUGAAUAAAUCUAAUGAUGACGUCUUCUUAGGACGUCUUACAACUGACCGCUUAACGGCAGUUGGUUUUGAUUUACUUUUAGAUAUUUAUGCUUAUCAUCAUGCAUUUAAUGAAUCCUGUCCCUCUGCUGGAGAUGAAGAACGUUCCAUUCCUUUGGGUCGUAACGUACCUGUAUCACCCAUACGAAAACGCAAACGCCCUGAUGGUUUCGACGUUAACAACUCUCCGGAAUUAUCUGAAAUGAAACAGAGUAAUGCUAUUAAAACUGAUCGUAUACGUGAUUUGGAAAAUGAAAUUUUACGCUUACACGAUAAAGCUAAUCUAGCUUAUCAAGCCCUUAGAGACGACCAGAAGAAAUCUGACUCCCUCAACUCUAAAAUACUUAAUCUUGAAUCAGAACUUACAAAAGCCCGUGAUUUGGCAACAGAUGCCAACGACCAACUCAUUGUCACUCGAAAAACAAUGAACGAUCUUAAGAUGGAACUCUCUGAUCUUAAGGAAACACACUCUAACCAACUUACCUUAUCGGAAGGUACACAGAAUGCUAUAGUUGCCGUUCAGCAAGCUCAUAAACAAAAGCUUGCCUCCUUGAAAAGCGAACACGAAAAUGCACUACAGACUUCCCGUAAAACGCAUCAAUCUGCCAUAGCUGCAUUAAGAAAAGAAUUAUCGUCUGCUUGUGAUAACCGUAUCAAAGCCGCUGAAUCCAAAGCAACACAGUCUACCCUACUUCAACGUGAACAAGAUAAACUUGCUUUCCAGAAGGAAGUGGAACGUGUAAAAGCUGAGUGUAAGCGCGAGAAAGACAACGAAUUAAUUCACAUGCGAUCUAUAUUUGAUUCUCAAUUAGAAGAAGUCAAGAAAUGCAUCCCGGCAACCAAUGAUAUCAAGAUGGAGACUGAUAACACGCAAGCUUACUUGGAGAAGAUAUCCGAUCAAGCCCGCACUAUCAGUUCUUUACAGCAAGUUAUAAACGCACAUGAUUCUAAAACUCUUGCACAUACACCUAAUUUCGAUCCUGCAUUAUGCACAUCAUAUAAUAAUUUUGUAACCUUUUUAGAACAUGUUAAACAUCUAAAUGUUUCUGAUGCCAUGACUACCUUACCCAGUAGCAUUGUAUCUUUACUUACAUUUAUUUCUACAAUAAUUGGUACCCGUUUACUUAGUAUGCGUCGUAAUCGACAUAAUGAUCAACAAUACACCCUGGAUACUUCACCUAGGUUACCAACUUUUAACUCCUUACCAACCGAAUCAUCUCCAUUAUGGAAAUUUGGCGAUGGUCCCGUUAAAAACACCAUCAACGCUAUCCUAACUGAAGCUCUUCCGACCUUACGUUGGAUGCUUGACGGAUUCCCUAUCCUCGUCUUACUGGAUACCGGAGCAUCCAUCAAUGUCCUUCAUUCUAGUAUCGUUUCUCGAUUAACUUCCUCUUAUACUAAACGACCAAUUUCCGAAGACCUUAUCGCUUCUUCCGCUAAUGGUUCUUCCAUCUCUUUAGAAGCUAAUAUCACUAUUGAGAUUCAAAUUGGGAAUGAAAAGAUAUUAUUUGACUGUUAUGUUAGCCCUGACAUCAAUCACGAUCUUAUAGUUGGCCAGCCUGGUCUCCGUUCAUUUGGUGAUUUCUCCCUUCAAUGGUCAUCAGGUACUAUAACUUUAGGUUCUCAUAAAUUUUCAAUGAAUAAUACCUUUCCUUUCCGCAACACACAAGAAGAAUUUAUUAAUCCUCGUAGUACAACAGUACUGAAUCCAAAGAUUAUUGAUAAACCUUUUGGCGACGGUACACCAGUUUACGCAAUAACUAACCCCUACUUCAAAGGUAAUAAUCGUCUUCUUACUUAUAAUACAGCUUCCCCUGUUUAUAAUCAACGAAUUAGUUAUGUUAUUGACAAUCAUGGUAACAACCCUGUCACCAUCCCUAGAAAUACAUUAUUAGGAUAUGUUACUUUAAUCGAAACUAUUUCUGAUUCAGAAAUACGAAUAACCAAUAAUGGUUAUAGUAGUGAUGAAGCCGACAUUUGUGAUCGCCUUCCUCCCUAUCCAUCCACUAAUGAGAGUAAUCCACUAGAUAAACAAUCAUUUCUUAAAUUAAUUCGUGUCCCAGAUUCCAUUCUGGACGAAACAACAUCCGUUGCCUUUAACACCCUGUUAUGGAAAUACCGUGAAGUAUUUUACGAAUAUAAUAGCUCUCCUGGUCUCUAUACCGGACCUGAAGCAUUGGAACUACAAACAGUACCACAUGACCUUCCUCGUCCAAUUAGAGCCCCUAGAUAUACUUUAGAGAAAGAAAAUGAAGUCGCUCGACAAGUUGAGGACAUGUUAAACAAUGACAUGAUUGAGCCCUCACGAACUCCAUAUCUAUCACGUAUUAAUUUAGUUAAAAAGAAAAACAAUGCAUGGCGAUUUGUUGUUGACUUUAGGAACAUUAAUAAACUAAUACAACCACAAUCACAUCACAUUCCACGCAUUGAUACUAUCUUAGAUAAAGCUUCAGGAAAAGCUUUUUAUACAUCUCUCGAUUUAAAGAAUGGCUUUCACCAAUUAACUUUAGAUAAAAAUAGUCGUUAUCUUACAGGUUUUCCCACACACAUGGGGAUAUUCCAUUAUAAACGGAUACCCAUGGGAUUAGUUGGCAGCCCCGAUUUCUUUAACUACGUUAUGGAAAACGUUUUUAGUGAUACGAACAACUUCGUUUACCUAGAUGACAUUCUUCUAACUAAUGAUAGUGUUUCUGAACAUCUAACUAAUAUAUCAUCCGCACUGGACAAAGCAAAACGCUUUGGCCUUCGUUUCUCUCUCGAUAAAUGCCUCUUCUUUCAAUCUUCCUUGGAAUAUUUAGGUUUCCUAAUCUCCAGCGAAGGUAUUCGCCCUAACCCGGCCAAGACAGAAGCUCUCUCUAAGAAACCAAUACCUAGAAACGAAAAAGAACUGCGUUCCUUUUUAGGCGCAGCAAAUUACUAUAGAAAGCAUAUACCUUCUUAUAGUUCAAUAGCUAACAUCUUAUAUGAUUGUACCUCUAAUUUUCUCUGGACUUCUAAACAUACCGAAGCCUUUGAACAACUUAAAGAUGCAAUAAUUAAAGCAUGUACUUUAGCUCCACCACGCCCUUCUAUACCUUUUACAAUACUAACCGAUGCUAGCAUCCAAGGUAUAGGAUCAGCCCUAAUGCAAGAAGGAAGACCAAUAGCCUUCGCUUCUCGCACAUUGAAGAAAGCCGAACUUAUGUAUGCCCCAGUACAACUGGAAGCACUAGGUUUAGUUUUCGCUCUUAAAUCUUUUAGCCCUUAUAUUUAUGGUAAACGUACCACAAUCUUAACAGAUCAGAGUAGUCUCCUUAGCUUAAUGACUAAAUCUGAUGUUUCGAAUAUUCUUGACCGAUACAAAAAUUAUAUAAUGGGUUUUGAUCUUGACAUUAAAUACAUUAAAGGCACAGAUAACACCGUUGCUGACUAUCUUAGUCGCACCGUUUUUAAUCUUGAAUUAACAUCUACUGAUUCUAAAUAUAUUGAUGCCUUUCCACCAGUAACUAGUUAUUUACAACUUCCAUACAAUCUUUCAAUGUUUAGUAAUUAUCUUAAUGAAAAAGAGCGUUUAACCUAUCCUGAUUGUAAAAUUAACUCACGAGGAAAGACUCGCUUCUUCGUACCUCAAUUAUUACGCUUCUUAUUACUAACACGCUGGCAUGAACAUCCUUUACUAGGUAAUCAUAACGGCUUUGAUAAAGGAUCUGCUAAAUUUAAAGAAUUAUUUUUUGAAAAUCACUACGCUUUAGUACUAAUUGAUGAAUUUAGCAAAUUCGUUAUAAUCCGUCGCACUCCUAACCUAGGAGCCGCAGCAGUAAUACAUAUUCUUCAGGAAAUCAUUUUUUUAUUAGGAUGUCCUGUUAUUUUGAAAUCCGAUAAUGGACCUGCAUUUAUCUCUCAUGCUUUUAAUGAAUUUUGUAAAACUUUUGGCCUUCAACAUCAUCUCGUUUCCGCCUACAAUCACCAAGGUAAUGGUAUAGUAGAACGUUUCAACCGAACAAUUCGAGAAUCCAUCCGCUUAUACAAACAAACUAAUCUAGAUGACAUUCUUUGGACAUCGCAAUACGCUCAUAACUUUAGUUAUCUUACUAAUCAACAUGGAAAACCUAAAGAAUUUAUACUGAAUACACCUGAUCGUUGGCUUAAUGAUACUUAUAGCAAUAAUCAACUAUCGGGGAGAAAAGAUCUGCUAAUCUUUAUGAAACAUCAGUUAGAUCCAAAGAAAUCAACAAAGGAACAAGACAAUAAGAAGACAUUAAAGAAAGGUACAAUAGUAUUCAAAAGAAAUCCAGCAGCUCACAAAAAUGACUCGCAAUUUGAUGGACCCUACAUCAUAAUGGAAAACAUUCAUGGAGAUUCAUAUUUAAUCCAAAAAUCUUCCCAAAGUGGCAGACCCAUUGGUACACCAUUUAAAUCAAACGCAAGACUACUUAAAGUAGCACCACAAGCAAUGCAGCAGGAAUUGAAGAAGAUUCAACAAGAAGAAGUUCAAACACCUAUCAGUGAUGAACUAACAAACAAAAUAACACAAAAUGAGCAACCUCAACGAAAACGAGGACGACCUAAGAAAAUACCAGCAGUUGUUAAUAAACUGCCAGAAAAGGAUGCAAAGGAUACUCGCAAACGCGGACGUCCUCGCAAGAAUAAAAGAAAGGAAAAUAAAGAUCCUGCACAGACUUCUACAAAGAAGCGUGGCAGACCAAAGAAAAAUAUACAAUUGAAUGAAACUUCAUCCAAUGUAUCAAAUAAACUCUAA